AUGAGGAACAUCGCGCUGCUGCUCUCCCUGGCCGUCGCCUGCCUCGCCGAGUCGCUGCCCUCCGGAGAGCGACACCUGGCGAAGAGAGGCGUGCUGGCCCUGGGCUACCCGCCCACCCCCUCCGCCCCCGCAUACCCCCUGGACGACCCCUUCCUGGUCGGCAAGCUGCUCGCCAAGUCGCAGCCCCACAUCGCCGCGGCGGGCCGACGCCGCCGCCGCCGCCGCCGACGCGCUGCAGAGGGCGCAGGCCGCCGCCCACGCCGCCGCCGCCGUCCAGCGUACGGCAGCUGCAUCAGCGGCGGCUGCAGCGGCCGCGGCCAAAGCGGCUUCCAGCGUUCCAGCAGUUCCAGUGCCCAUCACGCUGACCAUCAAGAAGGACUGGAACCCAUGGGGGUAGAGCGACGGGCGACGCGACUGUCGCAGGUGCCACACCACUUUUUAUUCAACGAACGGAUAGAUGCUGUUCCCACGGACCUCAACGAUACUUGAUUUUUGAUAUAAUUUGUAUAUAAACAGUUCUGAACUGUAUGAUGUCUUGCUGAAUCUGUAAUUAGCUUUUCAAUAAAC